UCAGAGGGACAGGGGUCGCCUCACUGCGACAACAGCCCCCGUCUCCCUCCCUUCUUUUUCUUUUUUUGAACUGCUACAGCAUGGGCUCGGGGAGGACGCUGAAGUUCGCCCUUUGCGAGGUGCUGCAGUUUGCAGGCCUGUGCGUGCCGCUCUUCAUCGUCAUGCAGAGGUUUGCGAUCAUUGUAGCAAAGGUGAAAACCUCGGCGCAGCCUCCUGGAGACGGCAGCACGGCUUACUGGUUGAUCGUGGCCUCCUCCAUUGCCUAUGUCACCUCCACUGCCCUGCUGGUCUGGGUACCCCUGAAGUACAUGGUCUUCAUGAAAAAGAAGAUUCUCAUUGGGAGAAAGAAGUGGAGGCCUGUGGCCCUGGUAUACGUGAUCCUAUCCACAUUACCCUGCUUUGCCUUUCUCAUCGCCAGCUCUGAGGUUCAGAUAAAUAACAACAUGAAAUAUGACACAUUCACGGAGCUCCCCGUAUCACUAGUCCUCUUCUCUCUCAUCUGUAUUGACGUUGUGGAGCGGAUACGCCACUGCAGACUGACUGGCCAGGCUAAUGACAUGGAGAGAGAUACUGACAUUCCCUCCACUGUCCUCACACAUGUGGAACAGGUAACACCUGUAACACCUAUCACUCCAGCUGUGUCAGGGCCAGCUGUGCCCGGGCAAGGUGGCUCCACUCCUGCACCACCAGUUGCAAGCCAGCCCAGUGACAGGAACCAGAACGGAGCAGGGGCCCGACCAGAGACCAACGGGACAGUCCCUGGGAUACCAGGUAAUGCUGGGAGACCAUUUAGUAUCUCUGGAUUGAGCUCUCGAUCAGUGAGCACCACCACAGCGUACCACAUAUCUCCGUACGCCUACACGGGUCCACUGAGAUUCCUGUGCGCCAGCGAUGCCCGAGCGGAUGUGUUUGUGGACAGCUUUAUGUUCUGGAUGGAUACGGUGGAGAUGAUGCGUGUAGCAGGACAUCCCCUGGUCUACUACUCAGGCUGGGUGUUCCCCAUCUAUAUCUUCAGCUACCUGUCCUGCCUGCGUGUGGUGGUCAUGCCCCACAGCCCCCUGCUUUCCUCACUAGGAGUAGCUCUGCAGGACUUGCCCUUUUUCUUUGUGCGUGUUGGCCUCAUUGCCUUCUUUGGCUUUGUCACACCCCUCCUCUAUCUGAUGAAGAACCUGUUGGUGUGCCUGGCCUUUGUCUAUUUCAACUUCAUGACCAAACUGAGGGUCUUCAACACAGAGAGGAUGUUCUUUUAAGACCAACACUUCAAGCAAAAACAGUGCAACAUUACAACACAUAGUAGGAGCAUAGGUUGGCACAAUCCAGAUCUGUAGGAUCCUUUGAUUCAAGAGGGGGUUGCACCAGCACUUUGUAAAUUCAUACUUAGCCAAAAUAAGUGUUAGUGGAGAUUCACUACAUUAAAACUGGUUGCACAACACAAUCUAGUUCUUACACAGUGAUUACUUCUUGCUAAAAGGUUUCAGCCAGUAGCCUAACCUGCUUCGAUGUAACUGUUAUGUAAUGUUAGCUAACUGAACUAGCUAACAACAUAACUAACAUUGGCUUGCUAAUAAAGGACCCAUUUACAGCAAGAGUAAGUUAAUAUGGUCGACACAUUUGACGAAACAGGUAAUAAUGGUGAUGUCUAAAAAGGAUUUAAAAUUACAUUUAAAAAAAAAAAACACAAUAUAGCUCAAAUGACAAAACUCUGCCCUAAUGACAGACUAAAUAACCAAAUAUUGUCAGUUAGGUUACCAUAAUGAGAUGCUUCUAACAGCUAAAUGAAACAUUUUUCAUGCAUGCAUAUAUGAAUAAAACAAAGUAAUUCCUACACUGACAAAUGAUUGCCCCCCCCCCAAAAAAAUUUGUGGGGGUUAUGUUAUGUUACAGACUGUGAUGCUACAGCGACUCAUUUACAUCGUUGAUUUUUUUAGCUAAAAAUGUCUUAACUUGUAAUAUCACAACCUGAUAUAGUAAAUCACCAGUUUGAAACUAGCUAGUGGUUAAGAACUUUGGAGGAACUUUAAACACAAACUUAAAGAUUUCGUGUCUUAGUUAUGACAUAAAUAUUUACUAGAGAUUUACACAUCGCUACAUUAAAAUAAGUUGCACUGCAGAAACUAGCUCUUACAUAGUGAUUAGAUGUUACUAAAAAUUUACACCCAGUAAUUGCUAGGUUUAAUAUUUACAGCUAACUGAAUCAAAGAACUAAGCUAACGUUAGCUUGCCAAUAUAUGACACGUUUAGAGUGCGGAGUAAAAGAAGUAAUGUGGAAUAUGAUUGACAAAUCUGACAUGACCCUUGAUGAAAUGCUAUUUUGUAAUGAUGUAAAUUGGGAAGAAUUACUUUUCACAAAAAUAAAACAACUUUGAAUUAUGAAACCUUAAGCCGGAAACGUUUGAUCCAGUAACGUAAGCUAGGUUAGUGUUAUCCGGAAUUCCCUGCUCACUCUAAGCUGCAUGAAUACUACUAUUUCACUUUAUUCUGAAACACACAUAUUUCUCCAUAUAUGCAUAUAGAAAUAGAAGUUAUGCUAUUUCACAGCUUGUGGUGCUACAGUGAUUUCCUGUUUGAUUUGUCUGACUAAGACAUUGGGUCAAGUUCUAAGGAUGCAACGCGGAUUUCAGUAAAUCACUAGUUCAAUUAAAUCAUCUAGUAGUUAAGAACUGAGAAGCUUUAAACAAAUUUAAUAAUGAAUCUAAGAAUAGCUGGUGCAACCAAACUAAAGUAUGAAUUUGUGUAUGUGACACCGAUGAAAUAUUAUGUUAAAAUGUAUGAUGGUACUUUUCACAGGCCAAAAGGGAGCUCUAAGGCAAUGUUUUCCCAUAAAGGACAUUAUUUGUCAAAUGAGUGUUAUGUUAUGUAUUAUUUACCUUUUUGUUCAAAUGUACUUUUUUUUACCCCUAAAACCCCUCUCCCCCACCAAGCAUGGCACUUUGGGAAUGUACCUGUAAUGUCACUUGAGAAUUUUUGGCAGACUUUUUUCUAUCACCAUAAAGUGCAGUGAAUAUGUAAAAGCAUAAAUCCAUGUUAUUUAUA